AUGGCGUCAGGAGGAGGAGCUGCCAGCCAUGGUCCCCGCGUUCCUGAACCUUACAAGGUUAUCAUCCAGGUGGUUCCCAUCAUCCUCCCAUCGAGUGGUGGACCACUGCCCCAGUGGGUUUGUGGUGAGAGUGGUCCCGCCAACACCCGGAACCAGGCAUCACCUGAAACCUCCAGCAGGCCCAGUAGCGUCUACGAGAACUUUCGGCGCUGGCAGAAAUUCAAGGCCCUGACCCGGAGGUACCUUCCUCAGACUCCGGACACUGAGGCCGUUUCCUGCUUCCUCAUCCCGGUGCUGCGCACCCUGGCCCGCCUGAAGCCCACCAUGAGCCUGGAGGAAGGCCUGCGCCGGGCCCUGCGGGAAUGGGAGGGCACGAGCAAUUUUGACCGCAUGAUCUACUACGACAUGGCUGCCAAGUUCAUGGAGUUUGAGGCUGAGGAAGAGAUGGAAGCGCAGAAGCUGCAGUGGAUGAAUGGAGUACAGGGCCUGCCAACCACUGCCCCACCCAGGCCUGAGCCUCAGGGGGCUCCAGGCCCACCGCUAGGCCAGCCCCCUGAGACCGUGCAGGAGAACAUGGAUAUCAUGGACGAGAAGCUAACGGCCCCCGAUACAGUCUGCGGGGCGCCCCUUGGCCGAAGGGCAGCGGGCAGGAAGGAGCAGCAGGAGGAGGCCGGGACCUGCCCUGAGCCGGGGCUCCUGAGCUAUGUGUACGAGCUGUGCUCCCAGGAGGCCUUUGUCACCAAGGUCGAGGCAGUCAUUCACCCCAGCUUCCUGGCGUACCUGCUCUCCCCAGAAUCCCAGCUGGAUUUCCUGGACCUGGCUGAGGAGCUCGAGGAGGAGGAAGGAAUUGUGGAAAAGCGUCUACGGGCUGCGCUGGACAAGGAGGUCCAGAAGCUCUUUAAAACUGUGAUCAGUGUGGUAGAAAUGAAGUAUGUCCAGACUCUAUGA